AUGGGCGCCCUGGCCUGCGCCCUCGCUCUCUGCGUGGCUAUGGCCGUCGUGGCCGACGCCGCCUCGGGACCCCCAGGCACAGAGCUACGCGUCGUGCGGAGAGCGGCAGAGGUCCCGGAGCCUGAGUCCAGCCAGCAGGAGCAGCUGGUCUUUGGCAGUGGGGACACCAUGGAGCUGAGCUGCCACCCACCCACGGGUAGUGUCCCAGGACCCACCAUCUGGGUGAAGGACGGCUCAGGGCUGGUGCCCUCGGACCGCAUCCUGGUGGGGCUGCAGAGGCUGCAGGUGCUGAACGCCUCCCACGAGGACUCCGGUGCCUACAGCUGCCAGCAGCGGCUCACCCAGCACGUCCUGUGCCACUUCAGCGUGCGGGUGACAGAUGCUCCAUCCUCGGGAGACGAUGAAGAUGGGGAGGACGAGGCUGAGGACACAGGUGUGCCUGCAGGGGCCCCUUACUGGACGCGGCCUGAGCGCAUGGACAAAAAGCUCUUGGCUGUGCCGGCCGCCAACACCGUCCGCUUCCGCUGCCCGGCAGCUGGCAACCCCACACCCUCCAUCUCAUGGCUGAAGAACGGCAAGGAAUUCCGUGGCGAGCACCGUAUUGGGGGCAUCAAGCUGCGGCACCAGCAGUGGAGUCUGGUCAUGGAGAGCGUGGUGCCCUCCGACCGCGGCAACUACACGUGUGUCGUGGAGAACAAGUUCGGCAGCAUCCGGCAGACAUACACGCUGGACGUGCUGGAGCGGUCCCCGCACCGGCCCAUCCUGCAGGCAGGGCUGCCAGCCAACCAGACAGCAGUGCUGGGCAGCGACGUGGAGUUCCAUUGCAAGGUGUACAGUGACGCGCAGCCCCACAUCCAGUGGCUCAAGCACGUGGAGGUGAACGGCAGCAAGGUGGGCCCCGACGGCACACCCUACGUCACCGUGCUCAAGUCCUGGAUCAGUGAGAGUGCGGAGGCCGACGCGCGCCUCCGCCUGGCCAAUGUGUCCGAGCGGGACGGGGGCGAGUAUCUCUGUCGAGCCACCAAUUUCAUAGGCGUGGCCGAGAAGGCCUUUUGGCUGCGUGUUCACGGGCCCCCAGCAGCUGAGGAGGAGCUGGUGGAGGCGGACGAGGCGAGUAGUGUGUACGCGGGCGUUCUCAGCUACGGGGCAGGCUUCUUCUUCUUCAUCAUGGUGGUGGUGGCCGUGACGCUGUGCCGGCUGCACAGCCCGACCAAAAAAGGCCUGGGCUCGCCUGCCGUGCACAAGGUCUCCCGCUUCCCGCUCAAGCGACAGGUGUCCCUGGAGUCCAACUCGUCCAUGAACUCCAACACGCCACUGGUGCGCAUGGCCAGGCUGUCCUCGGGGGAGGGCCCCACGCUGGCCAACGUCUCAGAGCUCGAGCUGCCUGCCGACCCCAAGUGGGAGCUGUCCCGGGCCCGGCUGACCCUGGGCAAGCCCCUGGGGGAGGGCUGCUUCGGCCAGGUGGUCAUGGCGGAGGCCAUCGGCAUCGACAAAGAGCGGGCCGCCAAGCCUGUCACUGUGGCUGUGAAGAUGCUGAAAGACGACGCCACAGACAAGGACCUCUCGGACCUGGUGUCAGAGAUGGAGAUGAUGAAGAUGAUCGGCAAACACAAGAACAUCAUCAACCUGCUGGGGGCCUGCACACAGGGCGGGCCCUUGUACGUGCUGGUGGAGUACGCGGCCAAGGGCAACCUGCGAGAGUACCUCCGGGCGCGGAGGCCCCCCGGCAUGGACUACUCCUUCGACACCUGCAAGCUGCCCGAGGAGCAGCUCACUUUCAAGGACCUCGUGUCCUGUGCCUACCAAGUGGCACGGGGCAUGGAGUAUCUGGCCUCCCAGAAGUGCAUCCACAGGGACCUGGCCGCCCGCAACGUGCUGGUGACAGAGGACAAUGUGAUGAAGAUUGCUGACUUUGGCCUGGCCCGGGACGUCCACAAUCUGGACUACUACAAGAAGACCACCAACGGCCGGCUGCCUGUGAAGUGGAUGGCUCCCGAGGCCCUGUUUGACCGAGUCUACACCCACCAAAGUGACGUCUGGUCCUUUGGCGUCCUGCUCUGGGAAAUCUUCACACUGGGGGGUUCUCCGUACCCCGGCAUUCCCGUGGAGGAGCUCUUCAAGCUGCUCAAGGAAGGCCACCGCAUGGACAAGCCGGCCAACUGCACACACGACCUGUACAUGAUCAUGCGGGAGUGCUGGCACGCCGUACCCUCCCAGCGGCCCACCUUCAAGCAGCUGGUGGAGGACCUGGACCGUGUGCUCACUGUGACAUCCACCGACGAGUACCUGGACCUGUCGGUGCCCUUUGAGCAGUACUCGCCUGGCGGCCAGGACACGCCCAGCUCCAGCUCCUCAGGUGACGAUUCCGUGUUUGCCCAUGACCUGCUGCUGCCAGCGCCCCCCAGCAGCGGGGCCCCACGGACGUGA